CUAACCCCUAAUAUUCCAUUGCUCUCUAUUCUCCACUCUCUUUUUCUCUCUCUCUCUCCGUGUUCCACGGCCAAUCCCUCUAUGCCCGCAGCCCCCUAAGAAGCCCCGAGGGCAAUGUGGAAGCCGGUGACACCACCGGCUGGACCAGUGUGGUCGCAUUCCUGAGGCAGCUGGACAGCAGUGAGCAUCUUCACCAACACAAUCGUGAACCGAGUGUCGGGACGCCAGUGCCCAAAGGUGGCACGCAUAACUCCUCGGUACACGGCUCCUCCUUCCUCGCCCUCCUCGCUCCUCCUCCCCCCGCAUCUCCUCCCCCAAGUCUCCUGUCUCUCUCCCCCCUCUUAGACCGUCGGGGCUUGGUGCGGUUCUCGCUGCGUCGGAUCCACAAAGAGAUCGGCAGCCUCCUGUGUGGACGAGGCAGGAAGGACACGAGGGGAGAGCAGACGGAGGGGAGAGCAGACGGAGGGAGGUCGCAGCCCCCAUUGCCCGCGAUGUUCGAGCGCGGAGUCGUGGGUCGGCUCCUGAGCUGGCUUACGAAUGCGCAGCAGCAGAAUGCAGCGGCUGUCGAAGACGAACUUUACCUGCUGCAACACAAGAGGAUCCGAGAGACCCCGCUGUUCACGGCCGCCAAGAACAAUGACGUGGAGGCCAUCCAGAUGCUGCACAAGCAGGGCAACACGGACCUCCUGCAGCGCGGGGUGCUGGGAGAGACGGCCCUCCACGUGGCCGUGCAGUGCGAGAACCUGGGAGCGGCGCUCGCCCUCCUGGACGCGGAGCCCACGCUCAUCAACGAGUCCAUGAUCUCCGACCUCUACCAGGGUCAGACGGCGCUGCACAUCGCCGUGCUCAACCAGAACGUGAACCUGGUGCAGGAGCUGCUGCUACGCGGGGCGGACGCGGAGUCGUCGCGCACCACCGGCUCCUACUUCACCGGCAAACACCGCAAGCACACUCAUUACGGCGAGUACGUGCUGUCGUUCGCCGCGAGCACGGGGAACCUGGAGCUGGUGCGACUGCUCCUGCAGCACGGGGCCAGGGUCAGCGCGCAGGACUCCCGCGGCAACACGGUCCUCCACACGCUGGUGCUCCAGACGAACCGCAUCAUCGCUUGCCAGGUGUACGACUUCAUCCUGGCGAGCACGCAGUGGGGCGAGGGCGAUGUUUGCCCGGAGUCGAUUCUCAACCACCGCGGCUACACCCCCCUCAAGCUCGCCGCGGCCAAGGGCAACGUGGUGAUGUUCCAGCACCUGGUGAAGCGUCGCAGAGUGGUGCAGUGGUCGCUGGGCACCGUGACGUCCACCCUGUAUGACCUCAGCGAGAUCGACUCAUGGGAGGACGAUCGCUCGGUGCUGGAGAUCAUCACCACGAGCCACAAGCGCGAGGCUCGCCAGAUCCUGGAGGUGACCCCCGUGAAGGAGCUGAUCAACAUCAAGUGGAAGCGGUACGGGCGGCGCUACUUCCGCAUGUGGACCAUGCUCUACAUGGUCUACAUCACCAGCUUCUCGCUCGCCUGCAUCUACCGGCCCCUAAUGAUGCGCACGGACAACGCCACGGACCCACGCGACGACGUCAUCCUCGUCCAGAAACCCCUGUCCGAGAGCUACAAAACACAUCUGGAUUUUGUGCGUCUCGGGGGCGAGAUCAUAAGCAUCCUGGGGGCCAUCACCAUCCUCCUGCUGGAGAUCCCGGACAUGAUCCGUAUCGGGUUCUCGCGCUACUUCGGAAACAUUGUGACCGGAGGGCCUUUCCACAUCAUCAUGGUGUGCUACGCGUGCCUCGUGGGACUGCUCUUCGUCAUGAGGCUCUCGGGCGCCCAGGGGGAGUCCGUGCCCAUGUCGCUGGCGCUGGUGCUCGGCUGGUGCUACACGCUGUUCUUCGCUCGCGGGAUCGAGAUGCUGGGCUCGUUCACCGUCAUGAUACAGAAGAUGCUGUUCGGGGACGUGUUCCGGGUGUGCUGGCUCAUGUUCAUGGUGCUCAUGGGCUUCACCUGCGCAUUCCACCUGACCUUUCAGACGAUGAAUCCUGAUAAUUGGCCACAGUGGCAGAGCUUCGUCAGCGUGUGGUUCACCAUGUUCCAGCUCUUUCUCGGCCUGCUCGACAUUCCAAUCAACUACGAGCUCAACACGCCCGAGAUCAUCAAAAUCCUUUACGUCUUCUACAUGAUUUUUGCCUUUCUGCUCAUGAUCAACCUGCUCAUCGCGUCCAUGGGAGACACCCACUGGCGAGUGGCACAGGAGCGCGACGAGCUGUGGCGCACGCAGGUGGCGGCCAGCACGAUCCUGCUGGAGAGGCGGAUGCCUCGCGCUCUGUGGCCCCGAAUCGGCUGGUUUGGAGGAGGCUACGACCUGGAUAAGCGCUGGUUCCUCAGGAUAGAAGAAUGCAGCGACAACGCCAUGCACAACAUCAAGAGCUACACGAACCGCAAGCCAAAAUCGAAGCCAAAGGGCGGCAAAGGCGCCGCGGAGGCGGAGGGGCCUGAGGAGGAGUACGGGAGCGACAACUACACGUACACCCCCGCCAAGCAGGAGCCGCAGCAGCUGCAGCUGCUGAUGGUGCCGCCCUCCAUCUUCGCCGGUCGCUCGUCAGGCCGCGGCUGGCAGAUCCUGCGAGAAACCGUGUUCCGCAACCGGCGCUCAAACUCGCAAACGUCGCAGGACCAGGCCCCCGAGGUCGUCUACCAGAUCUGAAUGCGGCGGCGCCGAACCC